AUGGUAGAUGCGAUCACGGGGUUCGUUGUGGGAAAGAUGGGCAACUAUCUUAUAGAAGAAGCGUCCAGGUUGAUGGGAAUCAAAGACGAACUAGAAGAGCUGAAGACAGAGUUGAUGUGCAUCCAAGGUUAUCUCAAGGAUGUUGAAGCUCGAGAAAAAGAAGAUGAGGCCUCAAAAGUGUGGACAAAACUGGUAUUGGACAUAGCUUACGAUGUCGAAGAUGUUUUGGACAGGUAUAACAUGAAAGCGGAAGAAAGAUCACAGAGGAGAGGCAUGAGGAGAUUGACAAACAAAAUAGGCGAAACCAAAGAUGCGUACAAGAUUGUUGAUGAUAUCAAAACCCUCAAGAGUAGAAUCAUGGAUGUUACUCGCAAGCGGGAGACUUAUGGCAUAGGUAACAUCAGUGAACGUCGAGGAGGAGGAAAUACUUCAAGUUUUAGGGUGAGGGAGCUUCGCCGUGCUCGAUCUGUUGUUGAUCAAGAGCGUGUGGUUGGUUUGGAAGAUAAUGCUAAGGUUCUUUUGGAAAAGCUUCUUAAUGAUGAUGGGGAAGAAAAGAGAUAUAUGAUCUCCAUAUUCGGCAUGGGAGGUCUUGGAAAGACUGCUCUUGCUAGGAAGCUUUAUAACCUUGGCGAUGUGAAGGAAAGAUUCGAGUACCGAGCAUGGACUUAUGUUUCUCAAGAGUAUAAUAUUAAAGAUAUGCUUAUGAGAAUCAUUAGAUCUUUGGGAGUGGCUUCAGGAGAAGAAAUGGAAAAAAUUAGGAUGUUUGCGGAGGAGGAUUUAGAAGUUUACCUUUAUCGUCUUCUACAAGGGAAAAAGUAUUUGGUGGUGGUAGAUGAUAUAUGGAAGAAAGCAGCGUGGGAGAGCUUGAAGAGAGCUUUACCAAGGAAUCAUAAUGGAAGUAGAGUCAUCAUCACUACACGUAUCAAAGCCGUGGCUGAAGGUGUGGACGAGAGAGUAUACGCCCAUAAGUUAAGGAAAUUGACAUUUGAAGAAAGCUGGAACUUGUUUGAGCAGAAAGCGUUUAGGGGUAUAAAACCAGUUGAUAAAGACCUGGAGAGAAUCGGAAAAGAAAUGGUUACAAAGUGUGAUGGAUUACCUCUUGCUAUAGUCGUUCUAGGUGGGCUUAUGUCGAGGAAGAGGCCAAACGAGUGGAACGAUGUGUAUGCCACUUUAUGGCGACGCCUAAAGAAUGACUCCAUUCACUUCUCAACUGUGUUUGAUCUAAGUUUUAAGGAGCUGCAACACGAAAUGAAACUUUGCUUUCUUUACCUCAGCGUCUUCCCAGAAGACUACGAGAUCGAUGUAGAGCAGUUGAUAUGCUUACUUGUAGCAGAAGGAUUUAUACAAGAGGAUGAAGAGAUGAUGGAAGAUGUGGCUCGAUAUUACAUCGAAGAGCUCAUAGACAGAAGCUUACUAGAAACAGUGAGAUUAGAAAGAGGAAAAGCGAUGUCGUGUAAAAUCCAUGAUCUUUUGAGGGAUGUGGCUGUUGAGAAAGCAAAAGAGCUCAACUUUGUAAAUGUUUACAAGGAGCAGCAUUCAUCAUCUACUACUUGCAGAAGGGAAGUGGUUCACCAUCUUAAGAACACCAAUUACUUGGAGGACAGACGUGUGAUCAAACGAAUGCGAUCCUUGUUGUUCUUUGGGGAACGAAGCGAAAUGGGAGUGAGUUAUUAUAAAACCAUAGCCUUGAAAAUGAAGCUACUCCGAGUGCUUAAUAUGAGAGGGAUUCAGUUUGUUUGUGAAUCUCAAGACAGAUUACCAGAUGUGAUCGGAGGUUUAAUCCACCUGAGGUACCUUGGGAUCGCUGAUACUUCAAUCAAGGAUAUACCAGCUUUUAUCUCCAACUUACGGUUAACGUUUCUACAGACACUCGAUGCAUCGAGAAACUACAUAAAGGGUGGUAGGACCGAUCUACGUAACCUCACAUCACUAAGGCAUGUCAUGGGAAGAUUCGUUGGAGAAUUGCUAAUAGGCGACGCAGUGAACAUUCAGACCUUGAGAUCUAUCUCAUCCUACACCUGGAGCAAACUUACAAAACACGAGUUACUCCAAAAUCUUCGGGAUUUGGAGAUCGCUGACUACUCUGAUCUUGCAGACAAAACUACUGUGGACUUCGGUUCUUUUUCUAACCUGACAAAACUUCGCGUCCUCAAGCUGGAUGUGGAGAAUAUUACGUUAUUGUCGGAAUCAAAAGAAGCAGUUGGAUACAUGGAUGUCAUCCUUCCCAGUCUUGAGUCGCUAACAAUUGUCCGAGCAAAUCUCGAGGAAGACCUCAUGUCUGUUUUCCAAAAAUUUCCAAGACUGGAAGAUCUGGUCCUGGAAGAAUGUGAUUACCCAGGAAGAAAGAUGAGCAUCAGCGCACAAGGUUUUUGUCGGCUGAGGAAGCUUGAAUUGACGAGUUUAGUAGUGAAUGAGUUGCGGAUCGAAGAAGAGGCCAUGCCUAAUUUGAUGCAGCUGGAUGUAAGAAAAAGACAGCCAGGGAAGAUGAUGAUUCCGGAUCGAUUGCGAGCAUUACUUGGAGACGAUGAAUUUUGGUCAAUAUUGCCAGGAAUGGGUCUGGACUCAGAUCACGCGAGUAGAAACAAAGCUAAUUGA